GUACGAUUCGUUUAGUUACUUUGAAUAGGUCGUGAAACAUGAAAUUCUUGGCAGUGUUCGCCCUCGUAGUGGCAGCCGUUUCGGCAUCCACCCUUCCACAGCGCGAUCAGCGCGUCAUUGGAGGUUCUAUUGCCGCUGCUGGACAGUUCCCGUACUCUGUCGGUCUGAUCACCCGUAUCAACAUCCUUCUGAGUGGCCAAUGUUCCGGAUCGUUGAUCUCUGCUCGUUACAUCCUCACCUCGGCUAGCUGCGUCAGUGGAAUUGAUAGCGCUGUUGCCGUCAUGGGUGGCCUCCGCAUCAACGACUCCACCGAGCCAGGUCAGGUUCGCAUGACUGUCACUGAGUUCAUUGUGCACAGUGGUUACGAGGUAGAUAUGGAGAACUUCGAUGUUGCCUUGGCUGUCCUGCCAGCGCCAGUGACCUUCAGCGAUAACAUUCGCACUGUCCGCCUGCCAAACCGUCGUCAGAUCGACGCUACUUUCAACGCUCAGCAGGGCACCUUCAUAGGAUGGGGACGUUUCGGUGAGGGAACUGCCAACUCUGACGUACUGCGCUUCGGGCGCUCUCAGGUCAUCACCAACCUGGCAUGCCGUCUGAACCUGCCAACCAACACCAUCCUGGAUGAGAACAUCUGCGUGGACGGAUUUGACGCUAGCGCUAACCGUGGAUCGCCGUGCCAGGGAGAUAGCGGUUCCCCGCUGACCAUCACCGAUGCUGACGGAAUCACCACCCAGAUUGGUGUGUUCUCGUUCCACUCGAUCCUGGGCUGCGACAGUGGCCGUGCCUCAGUGUACACUCGCAUGUCUGCCUAUCUUAACUGGAUCGAGAACAAUUCGGAUGUUGUGAUCCGUGACGAUUUCUAAAUAGUCUGUUGUAUUGUUUAUGAAUGUGAUAUUGACAAUAUAGUCAUAAUAUAU